AUGUUAAAGUCACUUUUAAAUGGGUUUCUAAGUUUGCAUCACCAGAAUCAUUAAUUGCUCUAUCAAGAUUUAUACAAAUAUUCAACAGAAACUCAUUCAUUCAGCAACAAUAUGUAUGUCUUAAGCAACACAAAAAAUAAAUUGAAAUUUUCAUUGGUUCUGUUGUCAAAAGUAAAGUCAGUGCACUUCUACUUACUAAUGUCAUUUACAACAAUAUCUUACUUGUCUUAUUAUUGGCAGAAUAUUACAUAAGGAUAUUUAAACCAUUUGGAAAGCCAAUUGAAAGAGCAAUAGAAGAAAUCGGAACCCAAACCCCCAAUCACAGGGUCCUCGAUUGUCAUUAAUGAAGUCCUGAGGAAAGAGAGCAUAAAUAAAAUGUUAGGAGAGCUGAUUGUAAGAAUAGAUAAUAAAGAAUCAACUUAACAUAAUGUAGCCAAAUAAUUAUGUAAAUUGGGCAACCUAUCCUUUCUAUAUGAUAAGACCUUUGUAUUGACUAAGGAUCUUUUGAUACAAUAGGUUUUUAACAAUGACGAGAUAUUUGUGAAAUUGAGAGACUUGCUAAUUAAAGUAUUGAAUGAUCAAAGGGCUUAAGUGGUUGCUCUGCUAUGUGAUUAACUAAGGACUAAUGCGAUGGAUGUGGCAGUAAAGAAUUUAGUAAAUUUAUACAAUCAAGAGGGAUUUCAACAGGGAUUAUCAAAUGCUUUGAUAGGUGCAAUGUACACCUAUUUAGAUGAUAGGAGUACUGUUACUGAGUUAUUGAAAUUAUUAUAAAACAAGAAGUGAACCGCC